AUGCACCCCGACCCCGUCGACAAUAUAAAUCAUCCAGUGAAAGCACGACUCAUCUCAAAACUACACAACCAUGAGCAUGUUCUAAGAGAAAUGCAGAGAUACAGUCGCAGUCGCAAGGAUUGGUCGGCUUUGCCGCAAUCAGCACAUGCAGCAAAUACCAUUAAUCCCAUCCGACGAAUCGCUGACGCUGUUACGGUAGCGGCGAAUCCGAACAAAAGCCUCAUCAAGCUGCAUCUUGGCGACCCAACACUUACUGGAGCUUUGCCACCAAGUAAUGUGGCUGUAGAUGCGCUUGUCGAGGCAACGACCUCCCACAUGUUCGACGGAUACGGUCCAGCUGUUGGCGCAUUAGCAGCUCGCGAAGCUGUUGCCGCCAAGUACAGUCAUCCGGAAGCUCCAAUUAAUGCCGAUGACGUCAUUUUGGCAAGCGGCUGUUCUCAUGCAUUGCAGAUGGCCAUUGAAGGUCUAGCAAAUCCUGGGGACAAUAUUCUUAUCCCUCAGCCAGGAUUCCCACUCUAUUCAACGUUGUGCAGGCCACAUGGGAUUGAGGAUCGCGCCUACAAAGUCGACAUGGCGAAUGGCGGUCAGAUUGACCUGGAAUAUCUCGAAACGCUAAUCGAUGACCGUACUCAAGCUCUCAUCGUGAACAAUCCUGGGAAUCCAACCGGAGUGGUAUUCAGCAAAGAACAUCUGCAGGACAUUUUGGCGUUGGCUAGUCGUCAUCGACUUGUGAUCAUUGCGGACGAGAUCUAUGGAGACUUGACGUAUGAUGGUGCAGUUUUCCAUCCGAUCGCUACGCUUUCCCCAAAGGUUCGCUUCAUUUUCGAUUAG